AUGUCCCUCCCCACCCUCAAGCAUUUCAUCCUCAAACAGCAGGUCCUCAAUCUAUAUCGCUGCAUCUUACGCGCCUCUCGCUCUCUUCCAGAUCCCGUGACGAGGAGAGAGACCGUUGCUUGGGUCCGGAGUGAAUUUGAGCGGAACAGACACUUGACUGAUGUCCUAUUAAUACAGGAUAAACUCACAUUGGCUCGCCGUGAAAUGCGUCAAAUUCUUCCUCAGUUGCGCUGA